GGCUGAUGGCGGGGGGCGGGGCGCGGCGAGCAGCGGCUCUGGGCCUGGCGCUGCGGCUGCUGCUCGGCCUCGGGCUGGGCCUGGACGCCGCCCCGGCCGCGACCCGACCCUCGGCCCAGGCCCCAGGCCCCAGCGCAGGCUCGUGCCCGCCCACCAGCUUCCAGUGCCGCACCAGUGGCUUCUGCGUGCCCCUCGCCUGGCGCUGCGACGGUGACGCGGACUGCGCUGACGGCAGCGACGAGCAGGAGUGCAGGAUGGAGCCUUGUGCCCAGGAUGGGGGGUGCCCGCCACCCUCUGGCAGCCCCUGCUCUUGUGACAGCAUCGAUGACUGCGCCAAUGGCAUCGACCAGAACCUUCAGAACUGCAGCCACCAGCCCUGUCCCGCCGGGGAGCUCCGCUGCCCACUGGGCGGUGCCUGCAUCCCACGCACGUGGCUCUGUGAUGGCCACCCGGACUGUCCCCACUCUGGCGAUGAGCUUGGCUGUGGAACCGAGACCCUCCAGGAAGGGACCGCCACGUCCAUGGGGAGCCCUGUGACCCCGGAGAGUGUCACCUCUCUCAGGAAUGCCACAGCUACCUCUGUUGGGGACCUGGACUCGGUCCAGCCUGGAAACCGAAGUGUCUAUGGGGCUGUUGCAGCUGCUGUGCUGCUAAGUGCAGGUCUGGCUGCCAUUGCCCUGCUGGUGUUGUCCCGGCUCUGUGCCCGGAGGCACCUGGACCCGCUGGGGCUGCUGGUGGCUGUGAAGGAGACCCUGCUGCUGUCAGAGAGGAAGAUCUCGCUGCUCUGAAGACGAGCUCUUGCCACCAUGUCGCCUGGGCCCCCGAGUGUGGCAGCUAUGGGGAC